CACACCGUGCUCUGAUGGUGCUCCCAGCUGCAGUCUCUUGUGGUUUACAAGCGCUGCUGGGGCUGCAGGUUGGAGCAGCUGAGCUCCUGCUCCAGAAACAGAUGUGAGGAAGCAGCAGCAUGGAGCUCAAGAGAGGAAAGACCUUCAUAAAAUGCAGUGUGCAACACGAGAAAGUGCCACCAACACACACCGCUCCUACAAACAGAGAUGACGUGGGCAAGGACAAAAGGGCUCUGGAGGGAAAUCAAAGCGUAGCCCAAGUCCAGCUGGCGUGUUUGGCCACGCACAAGAACUACAGAUUCUCCAGCAGAGCAGCAAGGAGCGGGGCUGGUGAGAACAGCCUGGAGAAGCCUUCUGGGACCUCCUACAAACUCGUGAGGAAGAGUAAAACCCACGACUGCGUUAGUGAGGCUGACAGAAGCGAGCGGUGCGGCCCCAGCAGCAGGGCUUGUGAGGAAGGAUUUGCUGCAAAGGGCAAGGGGAGGCUUGUCAAUAGCGUCAGCUUUUCGGGGGUGUCCAGUUCCACCAGUAAGAAAGAGUGUGUGGUCAACUCCAGCCCGCCCGCCUGCAGCAGCCAGAUGAUCGAUUACAGGAACUUUGUGCCACAGAUGCCUUUUGUACCGGCUGUUGCAAAAACUAUUCCCAGGAAGAGGAUAUCCCUCAAGAGAUCGAAGAAAGGGCUCAGAGAUAUAUUUCACAUAAAGAAAAGUAAACCAGAGAGCCUCACGUUCCUGGUUGAGAAGGACAAGAAUCUGUCCUCUCCAGGCUGCAAGGGUGAGGUGCCCGGGCAUCUCACAAAGUCCUUUUUCAAAACUGGAGAAACAUUUGCAGCAGACUGCUUGUCCCAAGACUGCUCCGACAACGAGCUGCAGUCUGACUCUUCGUACGACUGCUGCAACGCUCUGUGUGAAGAUGUCGCAUCGCUGAAGAGCUUUGACUCCCUCACCGGCUGUGGGGAAAUCUUUGCUGACGAGAGCUCUGCUCACCUGGAGCUGGAGAGCAGCAAAGAAGUCCUGGUGAGACGGAGCAAGCACAAGGAGAGCCCCGCCAUGGGCUCCUUCCAGGGCGGUGUGGAGCAGCUGGCCUCCCCCGGCCAGAACGAGGCCGUUGAAUUUGCAAAGUUUUGGGACAACAUUAACAAAUCAGUGAGGCUGCAUCAGAGCACACUGUUUGAUAAGAAGGUACUGAAGGUUCCCGGUUCUGAAAGGGGAAAAGCUGGAGGCCAGGUUGCUGCACCUGCCGCAAGCCCCCAGACACCGCCUGAUAAAGAUGGGGACAAUUCCAAAGAGAGCUCCACAGAAACUGGAACACCAAAAAGUGACAACCAGGAAUCCAUAUCCACAAGCGAUGAAGGCUACUAUGAUUCAUUCUCUCCUGGACAAGAUGACGAAGCGAAGGAAGCUCAGACCCCUGGGGUCCCAGGCAGGUUUCCAAGAGACAGCUACAGUGGAGAUGCCCUUUAUGAACUCUUCUAUGACCCAAACGAAGUCAAAAUAAACCCGGUCAUGGAUGAUGACUUGUGUACAUCCGAAAGCAUUUCAGAACAAGCCAUUGAAAUCCCCUUGUCCAUCUACAGCUUUCAUGUUGGAGCUGAAGAAAACAUGGCUUCCCAGCCAGGUAUAGACAUUAUCAGCCAAGGAUUUUUCCACAGCACUUGGAAAGGCAAAGAAUGCUUGCUAAAGCUCUGUGAUACUGAGCUUUCACUAACAAUGGGGAUAAUAAACUGGCUGCGGAAACACGCGGGACUUGUUUCUUCCCCAGACUCUCUGCAGAGUCCCAGAUCGCAGACAGAAAAGUGUAAUGGCUCACUGAUCACUCGCAGUCCCAGUCCAGAGCAGAAAGUUAGCACAGAAGCUCAGCAGGAGGAAAAGAGCCAGGAGGAAUCUAAUUCAUCUCACCUAAGGGUGUUUUUGGAUGAAGGCAAGGCUGCAACCCAGACCUCUUCGGAAAAUGUUGCUGAAAGAGAGUCUUGCACUCACACAGCCAAUGUGGCCUUCCAAGGAAGGACAGGGAGCCAACACCAGGACUCACCUGCAGUGCCUGGCACUGUAGAAACCACCGGAGCAUCGAACUGUGCACCACAGUCACAGGCUAAUGGGGACGACACACAGUCAUCUUCAACUGAGGAUGAGAAGGUGACAAUGUCAGAGGGAUGCCAGAUAUCAGGAGGUGAAAACCCGCUGACAGAAAGUUUGAGCAGACACAGUGGCUCGCAGAGCUCUGAAAACCCUUUGCUAAAUGACAAUCAUGACGUAGAGUCUUGUUAUUCCUACAAGACUGCUGCCACCUCACCCCCGGACCCUCUGGAGAGGGAGGACAGAAGUGAAGUGAUGUACCACUCCCUGUCCAUCUGCGAUGAGCUGCUGCAGCCUCUUGGGCUCGGACAUUUCCAAGGCUACAUCAGCUCCACGCCGCAGGAGAGCAGUGCUGGCAUAGUGCAGCUCUUGGAGCACUGCAUGACACAAGUGGCAUCGUUAAAAAUCAGCUACGACAACAAGCACCUGGAAGACAACUGUAUUGGAAAUGACAUGAACAGUAUUAUCUGUAAGAUGUCUCAAUACAAAAACAAGCUGUUGUUGCAAAAUGAAUGCAACUGCACCGACCAAAAGCCAGAAUAUUGCAAUAUUCCCUGCACAAAUCAAUACAAUUAUGAAACGGGCUUCCAAGCCAGCAGUCUGUAUCAUUUGAAGCAAAAUGGGGAAAAAAAUUGCUCUGAAGAGCAGAAAAGCAGAGCAAAAAUCCUAGAUGAAGUCACUAGAGGCAAGAUCAAUUUUGAAUAUGCCCAGCUAAAUAACAAAGCACUCUCCUAUUUAAAAGACUUCACGUUUGAGCUCAGUGCGGGCGAUCCAGUUCCCACAGCUCUCAGCAGGCCCACAUUCCUACCUCUCCCCGGUGCUCCCGCUGCCUCACCAGCCACGCACAGCCUGCCCAUCGCCCCGCAGCCCUGGGGGGCUGAGCAGCACAGCCCGGGGCCCUGGGGCUGCAUGGCAGGAGGGGCUGCCCUGUGCCCCCGCCCGGAGGCAGCAGCCCCAGACAGCGCUGUGAUGGGGAGCAGCCACCCAUAGCACACCGUGCUGAGAAGGUGAGUGCUCACGGGGGUUGGGAAGCAGCAGGUUGCAUCUGUCCUCUUCUUACCGAGGGGCACCUAUGGCUGCAUGGUCUGACGUGUGCUCGGGGUUCUUACAGUUUUCCAGUUGCUCUUAGCUUUCACUUCAGUGAGGCAGGUAAGAGUGUUUAGAAUGUAAACAUCACUGUUCCCAAACCAGGGAACCUGUACAGCAGCAUCACCUUCACUGAGCCUUACGAAUCCCAUGCAAAAGCUGGAGCUCAACAUUCUGCCCGAUGCAGCAGUCUUUACAACGGAUUGAAGCAGUGAAAACUUAUCCUUUUCCUUCUCCUGGAUCUGUUGUGUUUAAACAAAACCAGGGUUGUGGAUGCCUGGCCACAGAGUGCAGAAAGCACUCACCAAGUCACAAAAUGCUAUUGGUAACUUAAAAACCAGGCCACACUUCCAUAGCAUGGAGACCAAUCUGACCAACCAGCUGCAUGCUGAAAAGGUGCCUUUGGAGGAGGUGUUGGGAGACUGGGGAGGGCUGGGGCAGCAGUAAGAAACAGCAGAGGAGGACCUAGGGAACACCACUGGCCCUGGCUCACCAGCACUGUGACUGCUCCCUGGCAUCUCCAAAGGCUUCUCAAGCAGCAGAAAGCAAGAACAGUGUUUCUCUCUGCAUGAGCCCAAAGCAGCCUUUCAGUUUCAAACCUAGGGACACAGCCACACACUUUGCUUCAUACAUCUUCAUGAAACUGCCCCUCAGCACUCAGAUCUCCCAAGACACGGGAGAAGGGUUUUAGGAGUCUCUCUGCAGAUUGUCAGUCUUCAGUACCCUUCCCUGAGGCAUAAUCCAGUUACGUGUUCAGCAGCUGGUGGUCACAGCUGGUACUGCAUAUAGGCCCAAUAGCUGCAGUCUGUUGCAUCAGUGCACGGGGUGCUGCAGCGUGGCAGCAGCUGGAUGGAAAGCACAAAGCUCACUGUGUCAGGAAUGGCACACAGCUCGGCUGCUGUCACCAGAGUCAGGAGAGAAGGUAAUUGUUUUGCUCAAAAGAGGUAUGCUGGUUUGUGGUAGAGGUCUCUCCAGUGGUAAAACGAAUGGCAUUUUUAAAUAUAGAUGGGAUUUGUGUAUUUGU